AUGAAUGUACCUUCCUUAGAGAUUGAAUCUGCCGAUAUAGUCCGAUUGAUUCUUCAAUAUUUAAAAGAAAAUAAUUUAAAUUCAACGUUACAAAGUUUGAAAGAUGAAACCGGCAUUUGUUUUAAUACAGUUGAUAGCGUUGAAUCUUUUGUGUCUGAUAUAAAAAAUGGGAAUUGGGAUACGGUCUUGAGUGCCGUUCAAACAUUAAAUUUAAGUACCGUUAAACUUUAUGAUUUAUAUGAACAGAUUAUUAUAGAAUUGCUUGAAGUUCGUGAACUCGGAGCAGCUCGAUCGCUUUUAAGACAGACUAAUCCGAUGAUCUCUAUGAAAGAAAAACAACCCGAUCGUUACUUGGCUUUAGAAAAUCUUCUUGCUAAGCCUUAUUUUGAUCACCGAGAUGCAUACCCUGAUGGGCAAACUAAAGAAAGGCGCAGAAUGGCUAUUGCGAAUGCACUUUCUGACGAGGUCUCGGUGGUUGCGCCUUCCCGUUUAUUAGCACUUUUGGGGCAAGCUUUAAAGUUUCAACAGUUGCAAGGGAUGCUCCCUCCCGGCUCUUCUAUAGAUUUAUUUAGAGGAAAAGCAAAAAUUGAGCAAGAAACUAAUGAGACUUUUCCUACACAACUAGCAAGGACAAUGAAAUUUGGAAAAGUAUCUUCCAUAGAAAGCGCGCUUUUUUCACCGGAUGGGCAAUACCUCGUGACUGGCAGUGUGGAUGGAUUUAUUGAAGUAUGGAAUUACGUUACUGGUAAGUUAAGAAAAGAUUUACACUAUCAGAAUGAAGAAAAGUUUAUGAUGAUGGACGAUUCUGUUCUCUGUAUGGCAUUCACGCGUGACAGUGAAAUGCUUGUUACUGGAGACGCCAAAGGAAAAUUAAAAGUUUGGAAGAUUGAAACUGGCCAAUGUCUGAGGCGCUUUGAAAGAGCACAUGGAAACGGCAUUACUUCAGUGGCUUUUAGCAGAGACAAUACUUUUGUUGUUACGGCCUCGUUAGAUAAAACUAUAAAAAUUCACGGUCUUAAGUCAGGAAAAACAUUGAAAGAUUUUCGAGGCCACCAAUCGUAUGUCAAUUGUGUGAUCUACUCUUCAGACGGGAAUUCAUUAAUAUCUGCUUCAAGCGAUGGAACUGUAAAAUUUUGGGACGUAAAAACCACGUCUUGUAUAAGAACUUGUAAAGAUUUUUUAAAUACUCACCAGGAAAUUUCUGUGAAUUCGGUUCACUUGCUAACCCAAAGCAAACAGCCGCCUUUAGGGAACGACCGGUUUGUGGUAUGCAACGAGUCUUCCACACUUUUCAUUAUAAAUUUGCAAGGCCAAAUUGUGAAGUCUUUCAGUAGUGGAAAGCAAAAAGGAGGCGAAUUUGUGUGCUGCACACUUUCACCUCGAGGCACGUGCAUUUACGCUGUUGGCGAGGAUAAAAUUCUUUACUGCUUUAACUUGCAAACGAACAAACUCGAGCAGACAUUGGAGGUUUCUAACUCUGAAGUGAUUGGCGUUGUCCAUCAUCCACAUCAAAAUUUACUAGCAACUUUUAGUGAUGAUGGUGAAGUUAGACAGUGGAAACCAUAA